AUGACAGAAAAACAGGAAGACUCCCAAGAAACUCAAUGUCCAGUGUCGCCAGAAGUUCGGGAAGCCUGGAUUAAAAGCCAGUCUAAUAAAAACAAAGCUCAACCUCACCCAUCGGCGCCGCCUGUUGAACUUCCAACGGACCGGGAAAUAUCAGGAAUUCCCAAGGCAAAGACAGAUCUUAACGAUCAGCAAGAAGAAAAAUGGAUAUACCCUUCUCAGAAAAUGUUUUUUGAAGCCAUGAAACGGAAAAAUUGGGAUCCUGACGCGCGUGACAUGAAAACGAUUGUUCCCAUACAUAACGCAGUCAACGAGAAAGCUUGGAAGGAAAUUUUGAAUUGGGAAAAGGGAUGGGGAUCGGAAGCUUGUGGGGGACCCAGACUUGAUAAAUUCCAAGGAGACGUAAAAAAGCUGACGCCAAAGGCACGGAUGCUUAACUUUUUGGGUUACAACAGACCUUUUGACCGACACGACUGGCUAGUCGAUAGAUGCGGUAAAAAAGUUUGUUAUGUAAUAGAUUUCUAUAACGGACCUAGUGUUCAAGGUAUCCCAAGUAUGUUUCUUGAUGUUCGUCCAAAACUUACUGCUCAUGGUGCCUGGAUGCGCUUUUACCGUUGGUCCAGUCAAGCUAUCUUUCAAGGAAAGUCUAAUCAACAAUAA